AUGGGCCGAAUCCUGCGGCUCCUCUGCCUCCUCCUGCUCCUCAACUCCUGCCCCUGCGCCGUCAUCACCGGGGCCUGCGAGCGGGACCCUCAGUGCGGCAGCGGGACCUGCUGUGCCGUCAGCCUCUGGCUGAGGGGGCUGCGGGUCUGCACCCCCCUGGGCCGGGAGGGGGACGAGUGCCACCCCUCCAGUCACAAGGCAGAGCGGCCCCAGGUCUGGGAAUUCGGUCAGACCCCCCCGAUCUGA